AUGGCUGAUACCAGUUCCCCCGCGCUCCCCUUGGAGCUCUGGAGCUGCAUUGUGUCACAUCUACCCAAUGCCGACAUAAAAUCUUUGCGUCUGACAUGCAAGCAAUUCAACAAUACGGUGUCUCUUCGACUCAAUCGUGUUUUCUUAUCCGCCAACCCCCUCAACAUAGAGGUCUUCCACAACAUUGCUUCACACGACAAGUUCCGCCAUAAGGUCAACGAGAUUAUCUGGGAUGAGGCGCUCUUGCAUCGGGGUCCAGCACGAUCAGCUGAAACUAAUGGGGGACAUGAAUUGCUCUCGGACGAGGAUGAACCCGAUAAUAACAGAGAAUGGGCUGCAGAUUACUUAUUAUACCACCCGGAAUACAUAGAGGACAUCAUUGAGAGCCAUGAGUAUGAAGAGGGAGAUAGGUGUCCCAGAUGGUUCAAAAACGCUUGUGAAGAAACACUUCACGUUCUAAAACGCCGGGGAGAUCGUGAUGUGGACAGGCCCGACCAUACCGCGCGCAAAGAACAGGUUCUCGCUCAGCCUUUAAUGGGGGAGCGCUGGCAACAUUAUCAGCAGUUGCUGCGUCAACAGAAGGAUGUUCUUGCCAGUCAGAGUGACCUGGAAGCGUUCGCGUUCGGCGUUAAGCAGUUUCCUGCCCUCAAGAGAGUUACCAUCACACCUGCAGCUCACGGCAACCUCAUCACCCCGCUUUACGAGACCCCUAUGAUUCGUGCUUUCCCGAAAGGGUUUAACUACCCCAUUCCUCGUGGUUGGCCGUACCCUAGAGCCAUUACGGAUCCCGCUCUUUCAUAUUCAUGGAAUCAAUACCCAGAACUUAGAGAUCGGUACCGCGGGUUCCGCACGGCAAUGCGUGUCCUCGCCACCGAACCCAACUUUGUUUUUGAGCUGGUGAUGACCGCCAACUCUGUCCCUACGGGAAUCAACUGUACAAUCUUCGACGAGCCCUGCGAAGAGUACAAUCAUUUCGCUAACGUGCUUAAGAAUCCGGGCUUCCGCCGUCUGGAUAUUUCCUUGCUUGUCAGUGGUGAAAUUGAGGAAGAGUUCGAAGUAUGCUCGCGAUCACUGCGUAAUGGUCGUCUGUGCCGGGCACUUGGUGAAGCAAAAGACAUGGAAGAGUUCAGGCUGCAUGCCCCAUAUGAUGAAAACUUCGGCUAUGACGACGCAUAUCCACUGGUCCCAUUACAGAGCAUUGUGCCUGUGGAACAAUGGUCGAAACUGCGCCAUUUCGAACUCUCCGGCUUCGUUAUCUCACAGAAAGAUUGUGUCUCUUUCCUCAAGACGCUACCAAAAUCCGUUCGCUCCAUUGAACUUGGUAUGCUGCACUUCCUCGAUGGGGACUGGUAUAGCAUGCUGGAAGAAAUCAGGCGAAUGGUAUCGGAGAGCACGCUGUGGGGAGACCGGGAUGCGGGAUCAAGACCCAAAAUUACCAUCGGCGUGCCAAUCACGCUGAGCCCUACAUAUGGACACGGUAUAUGGGUUGAAAAGGAGGUAGAGGAUUUCAUCUACGGUGAAGGAGGAAAUCCCUUUGAGGAACGUUAUCCCCUUAAAAUCCACCUUGGAGUUGGUGUGAUGAGGGAUGCAUUGGAGCCCGAUUUUGAACGGCCACAUGACCGAUACAAACUUUGA